AUGCGUUUCCAGGCCCCCCAGCUCGGUGCCCUGGGCGUCACCUUCACUGCCCUGCGUUUGAUGCAGUUUGUUUCACUCGUCACCAUCAUCGGACUCACUGCCAACUUCAUCAAUGAGAUUGUCACUGCACAGCGCGAGGCACCCGAUGUGCUCAUCGGCACCUUGACAGUGGCAAGCACGGCCACCCUUUACAUCGCCGUCACCUACAUUCUCUACUAUGAUGGCAUGCUUCCCCUCCUUAUCACAGCAGUCAUGGACUUCGCCCUCAUGGUCGCCACCAUCGUAGUAGCUGCUACCAUCGGCAAGCCCCUGUCGAUGCUCAAAUGCGAGGUCCUGGCCAAGGUCACUUCCAACCCGCUCUCCUCGGGCGCGACCUUCGUCGCCAGCAGCCAGGGCAUCACCUACCGCAACGUCAUCACCAAAGCCGUCAACUACUUCGCCUACGUGGCCGUCGACCGGCCCCACUGCUACGAGAUCAAGGCCGUCUGGGGCCUCAGCAUCGCUCUGUGUGUGCUUUUUGCCUUCUCGGCCGUUAUCUGCGUCGGCCUCUGGCGCCGCGUCAAGGGCGCCGCCGCCCUUGACAAGGACAUCGAGGGCUGA